AUGUACAGCUUUAUGGGAGGGGGCCUUUUCUGUGCCAUAGUUGGUAAUAUCCUGUUGGUGGUCUCCACUGCAACGGACUACUGGAUGCAGUACCGUCUCUCUGGAAACUAUGCCCAUCAGGGCCUGUGGAGGUACUGCAUCUCCAACAAGUGCUACAUGCAGACUGACAGCAUAGCUUACUGGAAUGCAACCCGGGCCUUCAUGAUCCUUUCAGGGAUGUCGUGCUUUGCCGGCAUCAUAGCUGGCAUCAUGUCUUUUGCUCACUUCUCCUCUUUUGAAAGGUUCAACCGCUCCUUUGCUGCAGGAAUCAUGUUUUUCAUCUCCACUUUCUUUGUUCUGCUUGGUAUGGCCAUUUACACUGGAGUGACAAUCAACUUCCUCGGGAGACGCUUUGGGGAUUGGCGCUUCUCCUGGUCCUACAUCCUGGGCUGGGUGGCCAUGCUCAUGAACUUCUUUGCAGAACGAACCGACCAAAGAAUGGACCCAGCGGAUUUUCGUGAGUUUGAGAUGGAUCUGUUUGAUCUAGACUUUUCUCUACAAUGUUCUCAUGCCGAGUGGAAAGGAACUUCUUCCAGCAAGGACAAAGAGGCUAUUCUCGAGAGGGCACGAAUGGAAGUGGCCGAAAUGCCUUGGUUGAGGAGUUUGUUGCCGGAGUGGUUACAGCUCUUCACAAGUUGUCCUGAGGACUGGUCCGAUGCUUCUAACCCUUUCCUCGGAUCCGACUACGGUCCUGUUGGAGGUCCACGGAGUCUCCAAAGAGCCUCUAGGAGACGCAGGGCCAGGACUCCAGCCCGUGCUCCAACAGCCAUGAUCCCGGUGUGGGAUUUCCAACCUGGCACCAUAUACCUCGGUGGGAUCCGUCUGAAGACAACCCAUGCUUCUGCCCCAGUUCCUGCUCCUGUCCAGGAGUCGUAUGCUGGAACUCGUCUGGCUUAUGGAGGUCCACGGAGCCUUCAGGCGACUGCUAAGAGAAGGAGUCGCAAAGCCAAACUAGCAGCCCGAGCCCCAAGAGUCAUGGCUCCUGCCCCAGUACAGGCCCCAGCAGCCAUGCCUCCAUGCUCCAGUACCGGCCCACGCAGCUUUGCUUCCAUACUCCAUUACCUCUCUUACACAGCCGGGGUCCAGGCUUCCGCUCCGCGCCCAACAGCCAUG